AUGACGACCGAUGCGUUCUUACAAUGCCUCCAUCGAUUCAUAGCACGGAGGGGUAGAUGUCGAGCCAUCUACUCCGACAACGGUAGAAAUUUUAUUGGCGCCCAAAGUGGAUUAAAGGAAUUAGGCUUACUGUUAGAUUCUCGUGCGCAUCACGAUCGCAUUAUAGAUACAUUGGCACGGGAACGCAUCGCUUGGCACUUAAUACCACCAAGCGCUCCGCAUUUUGGCGACCUAUGGGAAAGAGGGGUGCGAUCUGCGAAAACCUAUGAAAAGGUCGUCGGCGAGCAGAGGCUCACGUAUGAGGAGUUAUGCACCAUAUUAACGCAAGGUGAAGCCUGCCUCAACUCCCGUCCUCUGCACCCCAUAUCCACUGAUCCCAACGACCUGACCCCCCUCGCGCCCGGUUACUUCCUCAUCGGAGAUGCGUUGAUGGCACUCCCACAACCGGAUCUAACUAAUGUAACUGAGACCAGAUUAAACAG